GUAACAUGCGAUUAUCAAAUUAGUGCUAAGUCCACCAGAACAUACCUGUCCCUCCUGUCUAUCUCUGAUUUCGACAACGCGUUAUCCCGAACACGACAUUGCGGACGUAUAAAUAAAUCGUCCGCGAUAAACGCAGUUCCAGUCGAUUGCUGAGAGCCAUGCAGUCCUGCUGUUACUUUUUCCUGCUCGCGGUCCUCGCGAUCUCGUCCUGCUGCAUCUACGCCAAGGAUCUUCAUCCUCUUUCCGAUGAGUUCAUCCAUAGCAUCAACGAGAAGCAGAGCACCUGGAAGGCAGGAAGGAAUUUCGUACCGAAUGUUAGCAUGAAGUACAUCAAGAAGUUGAUGGGAGCACUUCCAGAACCCAAAACCCUUCCUGAGAUUGAGCAUUUAUUAGGCGACGCCGAUAUACCAGAAAACUUUGAUGCCAGAGAACAGUGGCCCGAUUGUCCGACGAUCCGCGAAAUCAGGGAUCAAGGAUCCUGCGGAUCUUGCUGGGCUUUUGGAGCGGUCGAAGCUAUGUCGGACAGAGUAUGUAUCCACUCGAAUGGUCAGGUGAACUUCCGUUUUUCUGCCGACGAUUUGGUUUCUUGCUGCUGGACCUGCGGAAUGGGCUGCAACGGUGGAUUUCCCGGCGCCGCCUGGCAUUACUGGGUCAGGAGCGGCAUCGUUUCCGGCGGAACCUACGAUUCUCAUCAGGGUUGCAGACCGUACGAGAUCGCUCCAUGCGAGCACCACGUGAACGGAUCGAGGCCGGCUUGCGACGGCGAAGAAGGAUCCACUCCGAAAUGCAAGAAGGAAUGUCAGCCGGGCUAUAAGAUUUCGUACGCUCAGGACAGACAUUUCGGUAAGAAGGCGUACACGGUGAAGAGCAAAGUGGAGCAAAUCCAGAGAGAGAUUAUGAUGAACGGACCGGUCGAGGGAGCAUUCACAGUCUAUGAAGAUCUGCUGAACUACAAGAGCGGCGUUUACCAGCACGUGACCGGAAAGGCCUUAGGUGGACACGCCAUCAGGGUGUUGGGCUGGGGAGUCGAAGGUGGAAGUCCCUAUUGGUUGAUCGGCAACUCGUGGAACUCGGAUUGGGGCGACAACGGAUUCUUCAAGAUGUUAAGAGGAAAGAACCAUUGCGGCAUCGAAGGCUCCAUCACCGCCGGCCUCCCCAAAUAAUUUAUACAGCAAACGUUCAAUACAAGAGAUAAAACGCUUAAGAAACGCCCACGAUCCUUUGCAUUUCAUUCCUGUUUUCUUCUUUACUUUUCAUUACUUUAUUUCUUCAUCCUUUCGCCGAAGAGCGCGAUAGAUAAGGCUCUCCGUAUGUUUUUCCCUCCCUAUCUAGAAUCUUAGAGACACACUCGCUUAGCAUAACAAUUUGUUAAGUUAUGGGCGAAGAGAAAGGGCGCUUUCGGACGAAUGUAAUAAUAAUAGUGGUUCGGUUGUCGGCCUACGCGUUACGGAAGCCAUCCUGAUCUUAUCUGAAAACGCAGGUUAAAGGUCACGGUUCAACAUACAGAAACGCAAUGUUCAUCAGCAAUUACAGUUUAAUUAUACACUAAUUACUAAA